AAAUCGCCACUACAAACUUCCCUAAUCAGCUAGAAAACGCAGAAAGGUUGAUGAUGAUGCAAUCCCGAUUAGUAGCGUUUGCUACAGCUGCGCGUUCCCGUGUUCGACCAAUCGCACAAAGGCGUUUAGCGUUUGGAUCUUCAACGUCUGGCCGCACCGCUGAUCCAGAGAUCCAUUCCGGUAACGAUGGAGCUGAUCCAGCUAUUUAUCCGAGAGACCCCGAGGGUAUGGAUGAUGUUGCAAACCCUAAGACAGCGGCCGAAGAAAUCGUGGACGAUACUCCACGACCGAGUUUAGAAGAGCAACCGCUUAUACCGCCAAAAUCACCAUGCGCCACCGCGCACAAGCUAGAGAGUACUCCCGUCGGUCAUCCGUCAGAACCCCAUUUCCAACAGAGACGAAAAAACACAACCGCCUCACCGCCAUCGCUUGAUUCCGUGAGCUGUGCUGGUUUAGACGGUUCGCCGUGGCCUAGAGACGAAGGUGAAGCGGAGGAGCAGAGGCGGAGAGAAGAUGAGACAGAGACCGACCAAGAGUAUUACCAACACCACAAAGCUUCUCCCUUAUCGGAGAUUGAGUUCGCCGAUACUCGUAAACCUAUAACGCAAGCCACUGAUGGAACGGCGUACCCGGCAGGUGAAGACGUGAUCGGAUGGUUACCGGAGCAGCUUGACACCGCGGAAGAAUCUUUGAUGAAAGCAACAAUGAUAUUCAAACGCAACGCGGAACGUGGCGAUCCCGAAACGUUUCCUCAUUCAAGAAUCUUGAGGGAAAUGAGAGGCGAGUGGUUUUAAACUAAAGACACAAUAAUUAAUUGUUACAAGUGUCUAAAUAAAACUUCUUUCACUUAGCUUAAUUGAGACAUUUUUGGGUUCCUUACGAAAGUGAACAAACCCUUUAAGCCCCAAAACCAAGAGAAUCUGUUCGAACAUUGUGGAUUACAGAUAUGAGAUGGUCCAAAAAAGAGCUUUGUUCUUCAA